AUGGACGGCUUUAGUUCCCCCGCCAUGGCACCCACAGUCCGCAAACCAGCGGCCCACCCGGCCGUCCUCGUCCUCCGCCGGCUGGACGCGCCGUUCGCCGCCGCACUGCACGAGCACUUCCUCCUCCUGGACUUCCACGCGUCCGGCGAGCCCCUCCCGGCUUUUCUAGCCGCGGCAGCGGCAGCCCCCGAGCCCCCGCGCGCCGUGCUGGUGGUGGGCGGCGGAGCCAUACGCGUGGACGCCCCGUUCCUCGACGUCGUCCAGUCCGUCCGGUGCGUUGUCACCACGGGCACCGGCGUCGACCACAUCGACCUGGCCGAGUGCGCGCGCCGCGGCGUGGCCGUCGCCAACGCCGGGAAGGUCUACUCCACCGACGUGGCGGACCACGCCGUGGGCCUGCUGCUCGACGUGCAGCGGCGCGUGUCGGCGGCGGAGCGGUACGUCAGGCGCGGGUCCUGGCCGGCCCAGGGCGACUACCGGCCACUCGGCUCCAAGCUCGGCGGCAAGCGCGUCGGCAUCAUCGGCCUGGGCAACAUCGGCUCGCUCGUCGCGAGGCGGCUCGAAGCCUUCGGCUGCGUCAUCCUGUACAACUCGAGGAGGCGCAAGGAGGAGGGCUCGUCCCGCCGCUACACCUACUUCCCGGACGUCCGGGGCCUCGCCGCCGCGUCCGACGUGCUCGUCGUUGCCUGCGCGCUGAACGAGGAGACGAGGCACGUCGUGGGCAGGGAGGUGCUGGAUGCCCUGGGGAAGGACGGCGUGCUCAUCAACGUCGGCCGAGGGGCGAAUGUCGACGAGGCGGCGCUGGUGGCGGCGCUCAAGGAGGGGAGGAUCGCCGGCGCCGGCCUCGACGUCUUCGAGGACGAGCCGAAGGUGCCGGCGGAGCUCCUGCCCAUGGACAAUGUGGUGCUGACCCCUCACGUGGCGGUUCUGACGCAGGAAUCCAGGUCGGACCUGCGCGCGCAGACCAUCGGCAACCUCCAGGCCUUCUUCUCCGGCCAGCCAUUGCUCACUCCCGUGCCCUGCCAUCGUGCCUAA